AAACAUUAAGAUACGGGGAGUCGCUGACAUGCUCCCCUCUGAGGAACAUACACAUUUCAUCAGGCGCCUGACUGCCUUUCUGUUACCUACCAGAUCAGCCAAACAAUUCUCCUUUGAUGGAGUGUCCCGCAUUGCCAAGUCUCCCCAGGCUCCA